AUGAUUGCUCAAGGAUUGUUAAAUGGUGGGUUACCUUUUCGGAGUCAUGACGAGUCUGAAGAAUCCAUAUAUAGAGGACAUUUCAUAGAGUUUUUGAAAUUGUUCGGACAAAUAAAUGAAGCAAUUGGUAAGGUCAUAUUAAGUAAUGCUCCCGUUGAUGAAUCCAGAGAUAUUUCUAAAAAGGAACAAAUGGCUGUGGUUUUGAGGUAUAUUGAUAAAUUAGGAUUUGUGAAGGAGCGUUUUAUUGGUCUUGUUCAUGUUAAGGAAACAACCGCUUUAUCUCUUAAAUCUACAACUGAUGAAGUGUUUGCUCGCUAUAAUUUGAGUUUGGGUAGGAUGAGUAUGUUGACCCGAAAAAAUAGAAGAAAGAAGACCAACAUCACCAAUCGUCACCAUUUUGUGGUUAAUAAUUUCAACACGGUUCUCGAUAUGCAAAUUCAAGAGCUUGGAAAACGUUUUAACGAGUUGGCCGAGAUGUAUCUGCGUGAUUAUACUUUUGAUGAAAAAGACGAUCUUAUUGAUGAACUCAGCCACUACAUUCGUAAUGUGAAAAAAGAUAGUCGGUUUAACAACUUGAAUGGGAUAAGUGAUCUUGCCAAAAAGAUGGUGGAAACAAGAAAACACAUUGAUUAUCAAUUGGUUUAUCGAUUAAUGAAGUUGUCAAUGGUUUUACCUGGUUGCAACGACAAGCGUUGA